AAAUUUGUAUAAGUUCCCAGCAUUUAUCCAUAUUCUGAAAAGUUCUUCUUCACCCGCUCUCCAGUUUCUGCAUCACCUACCUUUUCAAAGUUCAAACGGUGAAAGAUAUAUCCUCAGCAGUCAGGCUUUUGCUUCCAGUAAAGGGUAUAACUAUUAAGUUUCAGGCGGUCAUAAACAGAUAAAAAUAGAACAUUGGAGUUUGUUGAGUCGCAAGAAUGAAGUUUGGUAAGGAAUUCAAAAGGGAAAUGGUCCCAGAGUGGAUAGAAGCUUAUGUGGAUUACAAUGGACUCAAACAAAUAUUACAGGAUAUCCGCCGUUCCAAGGAAAGCAAACAGCCUCCAACUCCUGCAAGAAGCUUAGAUCAGAGGUUGGCAUUAUAUCGGAACUUUAGUGGUCUAAAUCUACAAUCCGGUACUCAGAAUACUGGUGAUAUUGAGGACCAGGUGAUAGCAGUGAACACGGUGCAACAUGAAAACUCCGGAAAGUUUUACAUAACAAAAUUCCUGGGAUCUCCUGAAGGAGCAGAGAAUGAAAUUAGUUUCUUUAACAAACUAGACCAUGAGUUCAACAAGGUUAAUACCUUCUAUAAGGACAAGGUGGAUGAAGUCAUGAGGGAAGUAACUUUGCUGAAUAAACAGAUGGACGCAUUGAUUGCGUUACGUAUCAAGGUGAUGGAUCCUGGUUUCGAUGCUUUUGGUUCCCUUCAACGUCUUUCAUUUGACAUUAACAAUUCAACGCCCUCGAGGAUUACAUCUCCUCUCAGAAUGACAACUGUAGAUACAGAUCAUAUGCCUGUAGGCACAAGUUUUGACCCAAGUUACAGCAGACAAGGUUCUAGUACUAAUGCUUCACAUCCUAAAGUUCCCAUUAACCGUACUUUAAGAGAGAAGAGAGAUAUUGAUUCACAGAAAUCAGAUCCUCUUGAAAUCCUAGAUCACAUUAAGAUUGUUAAUACGUUUGAAAGUCCGAUGUCGACUAUAAGAGGUGUCUUGAGAGAAUCCAAAGAGAAUGAUUUGAGUUAUAAGAAAGAGGAACUAAAGAAGGUUGAACAGAGGCUGAAGAUUAUUUUCUUUGAGUUCUAUCAAAAACUUCGCCUUCUAAAACACUUCAGCUAUAUGAACCUUUCUGCAUUGGCCAAGAUCCUCAAAAAAUAUGAAAAGAUUACAUCUAGAAAAGCAGCAAGGUCAUACAUGAAAAUGGUGGAUAAAUCCUACCUUGGAAGCUCUGAGGAGGUUACUAGUCUUCUGGACAGGGUAGAGACCACCUUCAUCAAGCAUUUUUCACACUCAAACCGCAGAAAAGGCAUGAAAAUAUUGCGUCCAAAGCAUAAAAUAGAGAAACAUCGCAUAACAUUCCUGUCAGGUUUUCUCUCUGGUUGCUCGAUUGCUCUACUAGUUGCUUUUAUUCUAUUAAGAGAUGACAGAAAGCUGAUGGAUAAAGAAGAAGGGACCUCUUAUUUGGACAAGAUAGUCCCACUUUACAGUUUUUAUGCAUACAUUGUGCUGCAUAUGCUUUUAUAUGCUGCAAACAUAUAUUUCUGGAGGCGCUACAAAAUAAACUAUGCGUUUAUCUUUGGUUUCAAGCAAGGAACCGAGUUAAGCUAUAGGGAAGUCUUUCUUCUUAGUAAUGGUCUCGCAAUGCUUGUCUUUGCCGCUCUCCUGAUGCAUCUGCACAUGAAUUCAAGAGCUGAAGAAUAUGUAACACCUAUUGAAUAUGUUCCUUUGGGAUUGAUGGCGGUUCUUCUUUUUAUUACUUUCUGCCCAUUUAACAUCAUUUAUCGCUCAAGUCGUUUGUUCCUUAUAAGAUGCGUCUUUCGCUGCAUCUGCGCUCCUCUUUACAAGGUUACUCUUCCAGAUUUCUUUCUAGCAGAUCAACUUACUAGCCAGAUUGAGGCAAUAAGGAGUUUGGAGUACUACAUUUGCUAUUAUACGUGGGUUAAAUCUUCUCAUGGACAUAAUACGUGCCAAAGUCACAAUGUGUAUAACAUAUUUUACUUCAUCCUAGCGGUCAUACCAUAUUGGUUUCGGUUUUUCCAGUGUAUCCGUCGACUGUUUGAAGAGAAAGAUCAAUCACAGGCAUACAAUGCCUUGAGAUACUUUUUGACAAUUCUGGCAGUUGUUAUUAAAACAGCUUAUAGUCUGAGAAAAAGUUUGGCUUGGGAGGUGUUGGCUAUUCUUAGCUCACUUGUCACAACUCUUUUCAACACAUACUGGGAUAUAGUUGUAGAUUGGGGGUUAUUGAGAAGGAAGUCCAAGAACAAGUUCUUGCGGGAUAAGCUCGUACUGCGCCAUAAAAGUGUAUACUUCAUAGCCAUGGUCUUAGAUGUCUUGCUUAGAUUUGCUUGGCUACAACUGGUAUUGAAAUUUAAUGUGCCCUCUUUGCAAGGAAGUACUGUCUCAAGCAUAUUUGCUUGCCUAGAAGUAAUUCGACGUGGCAUGUGGAAUUUUUUCAGGUUGGAAAAUGAACACCUGAACAAUGUAGGGAAAUAUCGCGCAUUCAAGUCAGUACCACUUCCUUUCGUUUACCAUGAAGAGGAUGAUGAGGACAAAGAAGAAUAAAGGCGAACAUAAUGUCUAUUCAUUAACUCAUCAGAUUUCUGGCGACUGCCAAAACUCUACUCUAGCAACCAAUAAAAGUCAUUCACAAUGAAGAAUUAAUUCACAUGUCAAAUGCUGCCUGAUAACAACAUUUCACAUCAAAGCUCAAGAAGUUUUCUACACUUCUGGACCUAAAGGAAGAUCAGGAUUUUGAACACAUGUGAAAAGAGGUUAAUAUUCAGAAACAAAGACUAGGCAGACCACAGAAAGCUGCAGAUCUCUUUAAGGGUUAUUUAUUCGGCCCUUAACUUCAGAAUAAGGCAAGAUCAGUGGGGAUGAGGAGGAGAGAGAGAAUACAAAAAGUUACAAAAAAGAAAAAGAACAGAAAAGAUAUAUUCUUAAAAAUUAUUUUAAUGUAUAUUUCAAGGAUGCAAUCACACAUACUACAUCUGCGCAUGGUAUAGCGAACCAAGUAAACUUUCUUUAUUAGUAUUAUUUUCAAACCAAUAGUGCAAUUUCUAGUUGAGAAUGAUACUGAACCAGUUAUACAUUGAUA